AGGACAGCAACUUGCAGAGUUGGUUCGUGCUGUGUUUGGGAGCUCCCUGCCCUUGAGAGAGUUAAACUGAAAGUGAGUCUGUGCUUGUCUGCUGCUGACAGCCUCCUGGUCCCUCCCUCUCGGUGAUCACCUGUAGCUGAGAGCGAGAGAGAGGGGGGCUCAGGCACUGAAGGUGCAGCCUGUCUAUACUGGCCUCUGGGCAGUGGACAAUGGCACUGCCUCUGGCCGGAGCCCACUGUCCCAGCUCCCACUGACCGACUGAGCUGCUGACUGCCCGGGAGCUCUCCCCCCUUCCGCCGCUCUGACACAGCUUUCGCUUCCAGUGUUUCUCAUUCUUCCUUCUCUCUGUCUCUGGACCUGCCAUGCCUCGCAAAAAGAGUUCUCAUGUGAGACAGGCGAGCAGCGAGCUGCCCACCGGAGCCCCGAAAUCCCCCCUUCGCCGAUCCAGAUCCUACAGUGAUGUCCACGACCUGACCUACAAGGUCAUGUUAAUUGGAGACUCUGGCGUGGGCAAGACUUGCUUCCUGGUCCAGUUCAAAGAUCAUGCUUUUUUAGCGGGAAACUUCAUCGCCACAGUUGGAAUAGACUUCAGGAAUAAGGUGGUGGUUGUGGAUGGGGUCAAAGUCAAGCUACAGAUCUGGGACACAGCUGGACAGGAGAGGUUUCGCAGUGUCACUCAUGCUUACUACAGAGACGCUCAAGCACUGCUGCUGCUGUAUGAUAUCACGAGCAAGUCAUCGUUUGACAACAUCAGGGCCUGGUUAACCGAAGUACACGAAUAUGCACAACAGGACGUGGUCAUCAUGUUGCUAGGUAACAAGGCUGACAUAACCAGUGAGAGAGCCAUCAAGAGAGAAGAAGGCGAGAAAUUGGCCAGGGAAUAUGGAGUUCCUUUCAUAGAGACCAGUGCCAAAACUGGUAUCAAUGUUGAGCUGGCAUUUCUGGCUGUGGCUAAGGAGCUGAAACACAGAUCUGUCAAUCAACCCAACGAACCCAAAUUCCGAAUCGAUGAGUACAUCGAAUCUCAGCGGGAAAAAUCCAGCUGUUGUGGCUUUGAAUAAGGGGC